AUGUGGAAAGAUCUUGGAGCCAACGACCGGACCACAUGGCGUUCCGACCGCCGGAAGGCCGACUCGCCAAACAUUCUGCCCUGCUCGAACACCGCGCCACAGUACGGGGGCAGGAAGACGGCCUGCUCAGUGGCAAAGGAGUGCCCGACGCGUGAGAAGGAGCUCAGGGAUGAGGCGGCGAAAGCCGCUGUCAAAUCCACAUUGGGCGUUGCAAACCGCUCGCUACCGCGGGACUGGCAUCGCAAAGUUUUAACAAUUGGCUCGGUUGCACUGUAA